AUGCCACCCAAAGUCAUGCCACAGAAAAGAAUCGAAGGAGCUAUGACUCCGGUGUUAACAACCGAUGGGGAAGAGCAAACGAAAGCCAUCAAGGAAGUGCUUGAGAAAAUAAAGACGCUUGAUGAGAGCAUGAAGGAUUUCUCUGGAUGGCGAUAUUCCUAA